AUGCCUCCUUUACUUGCGCGGCGGGCGCCAUACAAGGACUUCCUGCAACCUGAACUACAGAAACGAUUCGCCUUUACCGCAGCCAUCGUGCUCUGUCUUGCCUACCUCGAGGCUCUCACCUGGUCUACGUGGGACUCCUUCAUCUGGUCAUGGAUUCCUUUGGGUCUUCCUGGUCUGAGGGCCUUCGCCAUCUUCGUAUCCGUCCUGCCUGUGGUCAUCCUGCGAAUCGCCCACUCCCACGUGGGCAUCCGAACUUCCAACUCACCCUUCGAAACUAUACUCGGCAGCAUCCUUCCUUUCUCUACCACAGAGACGAUUCUCACCUUUGCCUUCUCCGCGUGGCUGUUCAGCCAGACGUACCUGCUGUCAAGCCCAGAGGGUGCCGAGCUUCGCUGGAUCACCCACUUCACCGGAGACCGCAUGCGCUUGAAUGAGCAAGCUCUCUUUUUCACAGUAAAUGUUAUACUCGUGGGCGCUGUUCAGGGCAUCUUGCAUAUCUCUCUGGACCUAGAUCGCAUGCUCCUGGGCACGGUGAAGCCGAAACGAGAAGGACAAGCAGAGCCCAUACCGUCAGAUGUGACAGCGGCAGUAUUGGGGAAGUGGUUUCCGAUAGUUCUGAUGCGAUCUGGGAUGCUCGCUGUAGGCAUAAGCUUGGUUAACUACGUCGUCCUCUAUCACUUCCUCAGACGCUCUGCCUGGGCAUGGGCGAUAUGGAUCUUUCGCUUUCGAUAUAACCUACCGAGAACGAACAUACCUCCCAGUGUCGGUCCGUGGAGUCUCUGGAUGCUUGGACGUUCAAUAUGGGCAAGCUUCCUGCUCUGCUUCAUAUGGAACUUUGGCGGCAUGGCAUUCAGACUGAGGCUUGGGAAAGAGCCUUUGAAGAGCGACCAUCCCCUCACGUCGGACUCCAAAGAUCCCAAUGGCAGCCUGCUCAACGGCCUCAAGAGCAAGAAACCCCGUAUAUCUGCAUUCGCCAUGUGGGAGCUGGCUCUCAUCGCAAGGGAUUUCGAUGUUAGGAGGCAAGCUAUGUACGAAGACAUUGACCGCAAGGAUGGGCCGAUGUGGUCGCAACUCUAUGUCCUCUGUCAAAGCGCAAUCAAGACGCUUGAGCAGAGAAUUGACGACUAUGGCAAGCCGCCGGCCCCUGCACCGGGCUCGCAAGCCGCUCCAGCACCCCCUCCUCCGCGCGAACGUGUGGUCAAACCACCAACAGAUGCCGUUGUAUGGGCUUCGGGAAGUGCUCCAAAAUCUCCCGCCGCCAGCAAGUAUACGUCACCAGGGAAAACGCCCGCAGAAGAAUUAAGGAAGAGAGCAGCAAAGGUGGCGGACCAGCUGAUGACGAAGGAACAAAAGGAGGCACUGAGGCCUGAAGCCGUCAAUACGUUAUUCGGGACCCUAUCGCAUCGUGUGCUAGGCAUGCCUGUCAUCGGGUCGGUAUUUCAGCAGUGCUUCCGACGCCGCUUUGCCAAGGCUUUGCUGGGUAGUCCGUAUGGGGAUGUCAGCAUGUACGCGAAUGCGGCGUAUGCGUUGUCCCAGCUGGCGGUUUGUAGUCUGGCAGAGGACAAGUACGGCAAUGUGCAGAGAGACGUGCCAGCUAUCGUACGGACUUUCACGAUAGUCAUCAAGAAGCUCGAGAAGUUCCAAGAUGACUUCCCCUUCCAUUGGACAGAUCUCGAGCAGGAACGAGAGUGUCCCGAGGCGUCAGAGUUGUUGGCGGCGUUGAAGGACGGACUGGGCGAGCUCAUCACGGCGUUUGGGCCGUACAGCAGCGACUUGAGACUCAGCCGCGCGGACAUGAGGCUAGCCAAGGAGGCGGCAGAGAAGAAGGAUGCAAAGGCAGAGAAGAAGGACGCAAAGGCAGAGGAGAAGGGCAGCGCGGUAGAGAGGGCACCGGAAAUGCAGCAGUUGAGCUAG